GACACAGCCAGUUUCAUUAUAUUAAUAUUAAUCACAUCUAAUCAAUCUCCGAGGCUGAUGAAUCUCGAACGAUCAACUUCUCGAAUUAGCCGGUCUCGGAGAGCAUAGAAUGCUCUCCUUCAUUUUUCACCCUGAGUGUACUUCCACUGCGUGCCUACUCACUGACCCGGAUCCCAUCCACCCUCCCACAUUCCCAUCUCACUCCAUUCCAGACACAAUGGCUUCCAAAUUCUGGCCCAAAGGCGGCCUGCCCGGCCUCCUACACCACUAUGUUAGUCCUUCCUCAUCAAUUUCACCUCUAGGAGAAACCCCCUCAAGCUAACGCACGCCAAAACCAGACCGAAACCCUCGUCACCUUCGAAUACACAACCACGCCCACCCCCAAACCCAACAGCCUCCUCUUCAUCGGCGGCCUCGGCGACGGCCUCGCCACAACCUCCUACACAGCAGACCUCGUCCGGGCCCUCGCCCCAACAAGCUGGUCCCUCUUCACCCUUAAUGUAACAUCCUCCUACCAAGGCUGGGGCCUCGGCCACCUCGACCGUGACACCACCGAGAUCGCGCAGUGCGUGCAGUACAUCCAGUCUUACAAGCGCGACCUACUACCAUCCAGCAGCGCGGGGAAGAUCGUCCUCAUGGGCCACUCCACAGGCAGCCAGUGCGUGCUGCACUACCUGUCUCGGGAGAAUCCGCACGCGGCGCCCGCGCCGGCGUUCGACCCCUACCUGGUCAAUGUGGUGCGCCCCGCUGUGGACGGGGCCAUUAUGCAAGCGGCUGUGUCUGAUCGCGAGGCGAUGCAGUGCGUUCUGGCGGGGGGCAUUGGGGAUCGGUCAGCGGAGGAGUGUCGGCGGGUUUAUGAGAAGAUGGUGAGCUUGGCGCGCGAGGCGGAGAAGGCGCGUGGUGUGGGUGGGGAGGAUUUUGUUCUCCCGCUGGAGCUGACGAGUAUGAUUUACCCUGGGCUGACGGCUGUGAGCGGGCGGCGGUUCUUGAGCCUCGUUAGUCCUGAGAGUCCGGCUGCGCCGAGGGAGGAUGAUAUGUUUAGUUCGGAUAUUGGAGAUGCGGUGCUGAAGGGGACUUUUGGGAUGGUGAGGGAGAGGGGAUUGCUGGAGGGUGGGCUGAUGGUGUUGAUGUCGGGGGCGGACCAGUCGGUGCCGGAGUGGGUGGAUAAGGAGGCGCUGUUGGCGAGGUGGAGGCGGGCGACGGAUGGUGAUGGACCGCCCAUUUGGGAUCAUGAGCACAGUGGUCUGAUUCCGAAUGCGUCGCAUGCGUUGAGUAAUGAUGAUCAGGCGAAGCCGAGGCAAUUCUUGGUUGAGAAGGUGUUGGGGUUCUUGGGUGUAUGAUAUGUGGAAUGCUCCGGAGGACUGGAGCUACUGGAUAUAUAACAUCAUGUCAC